AUGCCACACUCCGCACAUUCGACGACGGGCGCGAAUACUCCAGACGAGCAAGAGUUGUCACAACGGUUCUGGAACACUAAUCAGGCCAAAGAGCGCUGGACGGAAGAAUGUCCCGAAUUCCUCAUAGGAACAAGCGAGAAGAAUAAAGGAAUACUAGCGAGGAAGGAUGAGGAGUUCAGGAGGCGUAGCUGGGAAGAGGCGAAGGAACUUGUUAGGACGAAUCGCAUCGAUCACUUCCAGCGCAGUGCGAGCCAACUGCGAGGGUAUCUCGAGUAUACGCACCAGCUGAAGAAGAAGCAUGGGAGUGUCCUCGCGUAUGUGCAGAAGUACAGGUUGAAGUGGGACAGCAUCACGCCCUCAGGGGAACGACCGUUUAAUGAUCCUGGGGAUUGGAAGGUGCUGUACAACGACUGGCCGUACUAUGUUGAUGAGGAGAUCACGCAUCUGGUUGUGUGGACGAAGUUUCUCAUAGAUGAGGAUGAGAACGGGGAGGUGCGAGAGGGUGGAAAGAGGGAUAUUGAGGAGUUUAUCAAGACCACGUUCUGUGCAGAUGGGAGGAUGGAGAGGGAUCGCAUUGUGUGGUUUAGGAAUUGGAAGAGCCUGAAGAGUGUGCAUGCUUUAGAGCAUUUCCAUGUCAUGCUUUAUAAAGCACCUAGAGAUCUGUUGGACGAGGUGACAGAGGGAGAUCGACCAACCUCGGAGAGCUGGACUUCAGGAGGUAGAUGA